CUCAAAUGAAAACCAAAUAUGCUCCUGUAGUUUUCUGGAUCUAAAUAAAUCCUUCGCGUACAGUAAAAGAUACGCUUUUACAGAAAUAAACUUUCACUUAUGUGUUUCUGUUAUGGAAGCGCCGUGUUUACGCAGUCCGCUUCAGUUUGGACAAUAAUAAACAUAAUGAGAGAACCUGCAGCUCGGGCUGGGCUCCACGUCAGAUAAUGUUGUUGAUACAGGCCGAUGUACUGGGCUGAUGCUGUCUAAUUAAUGUGCAUGUGUUGUGUUUGAAUAUGCUUAAAUGAGUCAAGGGAUGCUGAUGAAAUCAUAGUAACAUAAUCGUAAGCCAAAUUAAUGCUAGUCACGAUAUUAUUGAGAUGAUACCUAAACCGAAUGUAUAAACUGAAAAAAUGUGCUUAUUGUUAAACGCAAAUGGGCGGAACCCUUUCUCUAUUUUUUCUCUCGAGAAAAAAAUACCAAACUGAAGAAACAUACGUUUCCACACUACUAUUAAAUAAAUGUUAUACAUUUAUUGUAAUAUUUAUUUUUAAACUUUGAAAAAGGGAGUCCAUUGUUUUUACAGAUACAUUUGUAUCUAAUUUAUUUUAAUAUUGGUUAUGUGACCACAAGGAAGUAACGUUGUUUUCACUGCCUCAGAAUAUGCUCUUUUUUACCUACAUCAUGACCUUUCCCAGAGAGGUUGGAAUGUUGAAUCAAGUUGAGUGUUUUACACUAGCCCACACAAGAAAAUCCAAACACCUUUUGUUUUUUAUUUGUGUCCAGGAGCUACCAUAUCCUUUCCCACACUCUUGGAAGGGAAUAGUCAAUUAGAUGAGCCACAGCAUGUAAACUCCUCACAGUGUGGUUUUAAAAUACGGUGUAUGUGUGUAAUAAAUCCCUGUUUGGUUGUAUAAAGUGGACGUACCAGUCGGACUGCAAAUAUGAAGUAGAGGAAGUAAACAGGAAGCACUCCUUUAGUUUACAAAGUAAAUACAAGCCCAAGGCGACGGCUCAUUCCAUUCAUAUGAUAUCAGUUUCAAUUUUCAUGGAAAAAGCGUCAUUCCAGAGACAUCCCACAACGUUAUAAUACAGAUAAAAUUAACAAGGUACUUUGAUCAGUCGUCUGACUGUUGCAACCAUAUCAAUGCUACUGUUUCUUUUAUACGUUACAGACUUCACCUGUCAAGCUAAACAGAGGUACUUUCCAUCAGUGUUUCGAAUUUGCCACACUGCUGGUUAAAAUAGAUGUCAACAUCAUAUUUCCGAAUAGUUGAUUUAAAAGACUACAGAAGUAAAGAACAAAUUAGGUUAGCAAGUGAAAAAAACUCCUGUAUUUGUUUCAGUCUCUAGCCAAACUAAUAGACACCAAACAUUGUGAAACAUUUCACAUUUGUUUAAAAUUGAAUAUUUUAAAUCCUGCCGUUCUAGAAAGACAUGUAAAACAUUCCGUACCGAUCCUUUUUUCUCCUUUUCAGGAGUUUGAAAUAAUUUCAUCCCAUUUCAUUUAUUAUGAGCAUUUGAAUCACUUCACAGUUGUGUGUCUUUAAACACUAUUGGCAACACCUUACAGACAUACGCACAGCAAAACACUCGCAUUUUUCUUUACAUUUGUUUGCAAUCAAUUUGAAGUUAAUACAUUAUUUUAAUGGGUUUUAAUGUCUACAGCAUAAUGUUUGACUAAAUGAUGAUUGAAGGAAAAAUUCCCCUCAGAGAAGAUUUGAAUGCCCACAUUUACACUGCCGUAUUCAAGCCCUUCAUCCUGUGGUUGAAUCUCUAUUGGGCGAGGCUUGUUACUGGAUGCCUUAUGCAUUUCCAGCUCGGAUAUGACAGGCUCUGUUGGUCUGGAACUGGCUGAUAAGAUGCUGUCCUCUCCCAUCGUGGUCUGUCACAGUAUUGCAUCUAGUGCAUUCAGUCAGGCAUAUGAAUGGCACCGGUUGUUACUUUAACAUAUACAUAAAAAGAAACCAAAGGGAACACAGGUCUCUUGUUUCUCGAAGGACAGUCUUGUCCUUGACUUUAUUCCACACAGGUCAAAGAGUCUCCAGUUUCAGUCAUUGAAGAGAAAAGUUAUAUUAAAUAUAUUUUAGUAAAUACACCUGUUUGUAACUCUUUUAAAUUGUUUAAAUUGAAACUAGGUCAAACUGUAUUUAUUGAAAAAGUAUUUAAGUAUGCAUGAUUGAAAUGACUGAUGUGGUACUCAUUGUUUUAUUCCAGAAUUAUUUGCAGAAUUAAAUGGAAGAAAUUGUUCCAUAAGUAGAAGUUUAGCUGUUGUGUUUGACUUUGAUUUCAGUAAACAUAUUUUUUUGUGAUAGGACUAAGAAUGUGGGUUUGUAUUUAAACCUACCUGUUUUGUUUUUUUUUUUUUUUUCAAUAUUCAGGGACUAUUGUUUCUGUGUCUUGCUGUCGGGUUCUGUACUUGCCUUUAAGCAAAGCAGGGAGUGCUUAUUUUUUCUGUUGCAGUAAAAUCAUUUGAAUCCCAUGACCUGACAUCAUUAUUAGGCAUAGUAAUACUAAUUAUUCUUAUUAAAAUAGUUAUCAUUAAUAUUAUGCAUACUGUGCCUUUUUAACUAUUUUUACAGUGAAAGCAUGUGAGGUAGUCAAGCAGCGAGUCAUGAGAGAACAUCCUGUAGGCUAAAGUCCAGACAAGGGUUUGCUCUCUCCUGUCACCGCCUCAUGCCUGGGAUUCCUUCAUCUUCCUCUGAGCCUGUUAUUACUCACACCACUUGUUGCUACAUUAUCACACCCCAUGGCUCCACCCAGCCCGAGCACCAACAGUAGUGCCAACAACAGCAGCAGCAGCAGCAGCAGCACGGCAGGCUGUGACCAACUCAGCAAAACAAACCUCUACAUUCGUGGUCUGUCCUCGUCAACCACAGAUCAUGACCUGGUCAAACUCUGUCAGCCGUACGGCAAAAUAGUAUCAACAAAGGCCAUCCUGGACAAGACUACCAACAAAUGCAAAGGAUAUGGCUUUGUGGACUUCGACAGCCCGGCAGCUGCUCAGAAAGCUGUGGCUGCCCUGAAGACCACUGGUAUCCAAGCUCAGAUGGCGAAGCAACAAGAACAGGACCCCACCAACUUGUACCUCUCCAACCUCCCUAUGUCCAUGGACGAGCAGGAGCUGGAGAAUAUGUUGAAGCACUUUGGUCAGGUCAUAUCCACACGCAUCCUGAGAGACUCCAGCGGCGCCAGCAGAGGAGUGGGCUUUGCCAGAAUGGAGUCAACUGAAAAAUGUGAUGCCGUCAUUUCUCACUUCAACGGAAAGUUCCUGAAAACACCGGCAGGUGUUCCAGCACCAUCUGAACCCUUGUUGUGCAAGUUUGCUGAUGGAGGGCAGAAAAAGAGACAAAGUCAGAGUAAAUUUGCCCAGAAUGGGCGGGGCUGGGCGAGGGACGGUGACUCAAGACUGGCUGGGAUGACUAUCACAUAUGACCCCAGUGCAGCUGCUAUGCAAAACGGAUUCUUUCCACCAGCAUAUAGUAUUUCAAACAGGAUGAUUGCUCAAGCAUCCAUGUCCCCUUACAUGUCUCCUAUGUCGACGUUCCAGGUGCAGAAUCCAUCUUGGAUGCCUCAGCAGCAGUACAUCAUGCAGCAUCCAGGUGCAGUUUUAUCGCCCUCUAUGGACCCAUCGAUGUCACUGCAGCCCUCUUCUAUGAUGACCCCUCUCUCACAGCAGAUGGCUCACAUGUCCCUGGGUGGUGCAGGAUCGUUCAUGGCUGCCAACACGGCUAUGCAGGGAGCAUACAUCCCUCAGUAUGCACACAUGCAGUCAAGUUCUGUUUCUGUGGAGGAAAAUGGUGCUCAGUCCCAGAUGGACUCGUCCAGAAAUCAUUCUCCGUAUCCGUACCAACAAAGCAAGUAG